UUUUCCCCCACUGUACACUAAAAGGCUGCGAUGGACUGGCGACCUGUCCAGGGCGUACCCCGCCUUUCGCCCAAUGUCAGCUGGGACUCACCAAACAGGAGCCGCCUCAGUUGUUAAGCUGAGUUUCAAGGAGCUGAUCGAGCCGUACAGGCUGAAGGAAGACGACAUGGAGCAGGAAGCCGCAGAGAGGCUGAAGGCCCAGGAACCCUGGAGGAUCACUGACAACGAACUGGAGCUGUACAGGGCCAAGACCAACCGUCAGAUCAGACUGAAUGAGCUGCUGAAGGAACACUCCAGCUCAGCAAAACUCAUCGUCAUGAGCAUGCCUUUGGCCAGGAAGGGUACGGUGUCGAGCGCCCUCUACAUGUGCUGGCUGGAAACUCUGUCCAAAGACCUCCCACCUCUGCUGCUGGUCCGGGGGAACCAACAGAGUGUCCUCACCUUCUACUCCUAACACACAAGUGUACAGCGUCCACACACUCAUACUCUGUCUACUGGUCUCUGUGUAUAUUUAUUAAGGUAUUACACCGCCUGCGGCUGCCCAACAACAGAAAAUAUUAUCGUGUUUUGUGACACAGAUCUGGAACGAAAAGAAAAAGUGUUAAAGUCUAAUUCUGUGUUUUCCAUUUGGCUUAAUUUCAGUAAAUUUCUUUCGAUUCCUUAACAGAUUAAUCAACCCAAUCAACAUUACGAUGGCUGUUUCAUUAAUCUGCAACAAUAACAGGCUGUAUAUUCCCUGGCUGCUGUGUGUUUUACGUGAAUGAGAGUAACUACAGUAAAUAUUAAUGUUUUAAUGUUUAUUUAUAAUGAUGAAAUCAGGAUUUCAGAAUGUUUGUUGGUCUUUAGGUGACCUGUGAUUAUUAAGUGGUGUUUUCUUUCACUGGGUUUCAAGUAGCA